AUGUUUGUCUUUUCUCCUAAAUCCCAGACUUAACCCAUAUGUUGGACAGUUAAAGGGGAAAAUGGAAGGGAUCCCGUGGGAGCAAGCAGUGGUCAAGGAUGAACAGGAGCAGGGGAGAUGGAAGAUCUGGAGAAGAUGGAGUAGAAAACGGAAGGCAACAUUAGGAAGGACGGAAGAGAGAGAAAGAGAAGAUGGCGUCGACGCGGAGAAGCAUAGAGUUAAUGCGAGUCAAAGCUUUCUGCUAACCUGGUCGGCAAGAUUGUUGAAGGUGAAGGAGGUGCUUAUCAAGGUCCGUACGCUGCAAGAGGAGGUUGUCGAGAUCCAGGUCGAGAGCACGUUGGUAUGCUAUACACUCAUGCACGGAUCGGACGUAGGCCAGAGCUUCCAGAGUCCUGAUUUUGGUGGAGGUUUCUUCAUGGUGUUUCGAUGGAUCUGAUGGGUUAGCCACCAAUUCGAUCAGCGUCGACGACAUCUUUCUUCUUCGAGCUUCAAUCGGUAACGGAUUCAAUAAAAAGUUACUGUUGUG